AUGGGUUCUUCCGCUGACGAGAACGCACAAACGCGGGAUGCACCCUGGGGUGAUUUUCCAAGUCCCUUACGCGCCCGGGGUUUCACUGGAAGCAGGGAGGACAUCCAAGCUGCCAGUGCAUAUCUCUUCUGCAGCGCUGCAGCGAGACUUCAGAACCUCGAUAGGGUUGAGGAGACUGUUACCAAUCCAGCUGCUUCUGACUCUGCCUUAGCUCAGGCUCCCAGAACUCAGUACCCUGUUCCGCCACCUCUGAGAGAGCGAGACCUUAACGAAGGGAAUCCUGAAGUGACAUCUUACCUCCAGUCAGAGAGCUACGAGGAAUUUUCUGCUCAGGCCAAUCCAGUUGAUAACACUCAGUACCUCAGUUCGUUUGAAACUUAUCACUCGAACAACUCGCAUCUCACUUUUGCAUCCGGCCAAGAUCGUCACCCCGAUCCUAGUCCCAGUACUCCUUUGCCCUCUACUAGGCUCCCGGAGGAGACCACUGUUCCUCAGAACACUCCAACUUCUCAUCAUCAUCAGCCCAACCGGGUAGUGGACCCAACGCCUGUCAGGGAGACCUACCGUGCAUUCCCUCGGCCUCGCGAGCCCCAGGUACAAACUUCCUCAACCCACAAGUUUGACCCCCAUUCGCGUCCUUUUCCCCUUAGACGCGUCUGCACGACAGAAAACUACCACUAUCACGAGGCCCAGCCUGUAAAGUCUUCCAGAUAUCGGCAAUACCCACGACCUCAACGCCUCUACACCCGUGGCGAAUUUCAAGCGAGGACUAGAGAGCUUCUGAAACACGACACCACUCCAGGCGGUUUCAACGAUUUCGACCCCGAUUUCUCGAACCGCAAACCAGCAGGAACGUCGACUCUCAAACAAGUUCGCUCGUUCCCCGAUCCACGUUCUCUUACCGACCCUUUACCAAAGUCAGGUCGCGACUUCGAACCUAAUAGCAGACAGCGUUCAUCCACCGCAACCAAGAGAUCCCAACCUCAUCCACCUAAAAACAAACCAUACGAGUUCAAGACUGACUCAUUUCCUCAACCACAUCAUUUCUCAACCCUCAACCCCAAAUCUCCAUAUAACCCCUUGAACUUCAUCCCUGGUGGGGUCAACUCGUCUGGCUAUCUUUAUCUCCCAAGCCCUGCAAGCCAACCGGCUGCGCGACCCGAGCCGGAUCCAGCCCCACCAGCCGACGUUCCAGCCGAACCUCGAGCAUUCCACGCCCAGGGCGACUUUGACUUCCCUUUCAAUAAGCCUUGUUCUGCUGAGCCAGCACCUGACACUUGUCCAGCUCCUCCUCGCCCUACCUUUCGUCUUGAACUCCCUUCUGCUCAGGAGAUCAAAGAUCGGAAGCGAAAGAAAAGCGGAGCUCGGAGAUUUACUUCCUCUCUUAAGAAGUUGUUUUUCCGCAAAACCAAGUCAGAGUCGGAAAAUACCACCGCUGCUCCUGGUCAGGCCAACGCAGACUAUUCACUUGCACCACAAGCUGAAGACACUUCCAAGGGCCGUCCUUCUGCAACCCGGCUUGGGCGAUUUAGAGAAGAACUGGGUGAAGCUGAUUCUACACAGGCUGCCCAACUUGAAGAACAGCUCAAGGGCGUUGAUUCAGCGCAGGCUGAACGCUUUAAAGAACAGCUCAGAAAGCCGUUCAUUACAGUCACUGUUGAUCCACCACCUGAGAACGACAGCACACCCCCACGGGAUACGCCCAACAUGUUUUCUACAGGUCAUCUUGACCCUUCGUCGGCCGUUAUGGCCAUCACCAAGCAGAAAGCGGAGGCCAUGCGACUUGCCCGAGAGCAAGGCUUUAUUGUCCGAGAGAUGUGCCGUCGGGCAAAGACAGAUGUUCCUCCAUAUACUUUUGAAGAAUUGAUUGGAAAGGGUUCCUAUGGUCGUGUCUAUAAAGGCCACCAUGCUCUAACUAAAUCUGUGGUCGCCAUCAAGGUCAUGGAUAUUGAUAACCUUGACUACGAAACUACCAGAGACUUUAAAGAUGAAUCUAUCAAAGAUUUUAUCCAUGAAACAAAGGUCAUGUCUCAGGUAAAGGAAGCAGGCGCGAAGAACAUUAACAUCUUCAUCGAGGCAGUUUCAAUACACUCUCAACUCUGGCUUGUUAGCGAGUAUUGCCCAGGCGGAAGCAUCAAAACCCUGAUGCGUGCAACUGGUGAUAAGUUGGAGGAGAAGUUCAUUAUUCCCAUUGCUCGAGAGGUAGCUGUGGGUCUGAAGGCGAUCCAUGACGCUGGUAUCAUACACCGAGACGUCAAAGCUGGCAACAUUUUAAUCCAUGAAGAAGGCAAUAUCCAAAUCUGUGACUUUGGAGUUGCAGGAGUUCUCCAAAGCCAGCGUGACAAACGUUCGACCUGGAUUGGCACCCCCCAUUGGAUGCCACCAGAGCUGUUCCCAAACAAGCCCGGUGAUGAAGUUCAUCCUUACGGCAACGAGAUUGAUGUUUGGGCGUAUGGUUGUACUCUUUUCGAAUGCGCCACAGGCAACCCACCCAACGCUACCUUAAGAGAGAGAAUGCAGAUCGGCCGCCAACUUAACCGCUUCACACCGCGGCUCGAUGGAGAGAACUACUCAGAAGAAUUAUGUGGGAUUGUAUCUUACGCGUUAGAUGCAGAUCCAAGAAGCAGACCUGCCAUGGGAGACAUCCUAAAUCAUCCCUACAUCGCUGGUUCUGAACAGUCUCAUCCUACUGAAGGGUUGAGAGAACUGGUAAAGAUUUAUUACCAGUGGUCCCAGCGUGGAGGCCAGCGUAUCUCGCUUUUCAAUCCUGGAGGUGCGGUUGCAGCCGAAAUGCCUGGAGCUAGAGGGCCGUUAGAUGAUGAAGCCUGGAACUUCAGCACCACUGAAGGAUUUGAAAAGAGAUUCUCGAUCAUUGAUUUGGACCAGAUAUCUGCUUCACUUGCAGCCCUGGAAAACGAACAGUCUCUAGAGCCGAAUUAUACCUCCUUCGAUCAAUUUAACAUGGAACCCGAAGAAAGAGAACUCACAGCAGAGGAAAAAGUUAACUUUGAUGAGAGAGUCAAGAGAGGCGCUGCCGCUAUGGAGGGAUUAUUCGACGAAGCGAAGCCGAAGUACAAGUACGAAACCAAGAAUGACUUCGUGCCUAUUGAGCAAGCGCGCAAAUUCAAUGACUUGCCAUUGAGAACUGAUACGGAUAGAUCUUCCGUCGCCUCUACGUUUAUUGACAUUAACCUUGGAGUCUAUGACUCUUCUCAUUAUGCAUCUGCUUCAGGAUCUGCCAAUCCUCCAUUUCAGCUAGCUGAUGCCGACACGAUUCGUGCUAACCGAUCUAGCAGCCGAUCGUACCGUGCCUCGUCAAGCGCAGGUAGCGAGCCGCAUGACGAAUUCCCGCAAAACCGUGGCCCUCGUCCUCCGACAAUGGAUUGGAAGUUCCCAACUACAGCUACAAGCAUUGAAGAGUCCGAAAGCCCUAAUCUAGCUGAUGAUGAGAUUGCUCCACAUGAUGCCGAGCCUCUUGAGUCGCGAGAGGAGAAGCGAGAUACCAGAGCUUGGACAUUCCCUGUGAUGACCGCCGAAGAAGAUGGACCAGGGGACGAACCCAUUGAUGAGACAGCCCAUGUGGAAACUCCUGGUGCAUGGAGCUCUGAUAAUGAAAGCACAACUGCUCAGGCAAUGUUUCCACUCCAACAUUCACCUUCUGUUCUCAGUAGAGCCAUCGGCAAAUCCGACGCCCUCCCAAUGGCGAAAUCUCCGGAUCACCACGCGCUUGCCUCCGAAUCGCGCCCAUCUACUGCAGAGUCAAAGCAAUCCUCCGUCUCUGAUGCAGACUAUAACCCAUUCAGACUAGAUAGAGAGGGUUCAGUCAGCGGCCCUUCAACUACUACCCAAAGACGAGGUUUAGCAAAAGCCCCCCCGAUCAGAGAGCCAGGCUAUCCUUAUUUCCCUCAAGACGACGAGUAUGGUAAUAGCCUCUCUAGAUCUAAUAUAGCGAACGGCUUUGACGAGCACCAUGUUAGCAGCUUGCCAGAAAGCGAGACUCUCAGAAAUGGAAGUGUUACAGCAGCACCCCUUUCCCGCUCUGACAGUUCAUCUAUGUACUCCCAGAACGGCAAUAGCAACGGCAAUAUUAGAGGGUCACUUAAUGCUACACCGGCAGCAGAGAACAGCAGUUUAACCCAAUUCCCUGAAUUAAAACCUCCAAGCAUCGAGAGUCUGACAGAGGGCGCUAGCGAUGAGGUGGUUACUGCAGAACUCGACAGGUUGUUUGGAGAACUCAUGCACGGACUUGCUGCUACGGGUGAGGCAAUCCAGUCCACGGACUCUGCCAAAGCGGCAGAGAGUGAUGUGCGACCAGGAACACCAUGA